AUGACCCGUUCAAUAUUGGUCAUCGAGACCUACAUCAAGGCUACUCAGUCUCGCAUCGGAGUCAGCGACGACAACGCCGGACUCACUCUCAUGAGCACAGACAUUGAGCGCAUUCACAUAGGCUUGAUACCACUCCACGACAUCUGGGCUGCAAUCAUUCAAGUCGCUCUAGCAGGAUGCAUGCUCCACAACCAACUCGGCAUCGUCUUCGUCGCACCAAUGGCAGUAGUCGGCGUCUGUGUCGCAUGUCUGAUGCUGGUUAUGAACUUUGCCGGUGACUCGCAAAGAGCGUGGAUGAACGGCGUUCAGAAGCGUGUUGGUCUCACUGCUACUGUUAUCAGUAGUAUGAAGAACAUCAAGAUGUCUGGUCUUGCUGGUCCAGUUACUGCGUUUGUGCAGAAGCUGAGGGUUGAUGAGUUGGCUGCUGGAGCAAAGUUUCGCAAGAUCUAUAUCAUUGCAGCGCUUCUUGGCUUUAUCCCUCUGUUGCUCAGUCCCCCGUUGACGUUGGCAUUUGCUCAAAAGGAGCUGGAUGCGACACGGAUGUUUACCAGUCUGGCUUACCUGCUGCUUUUGACAACCCCUCUAUCGGAUAUCUUCCAGAUGGUACCUCAGUUGGUGUCAGCUGUGGCAUGUUUGGGUCGGAUUCAGUCCUUCCUCGAAUGUGAGACCCGUUCUGAUUACCGUCAAUUUCUCACAGAUGCGGCUUUGGAGGAGGCGUUUACCAACAACACAGCCCCAUCAUCAUCCACACCUAACGAGCAUGUGCAAAAUACCAUCACCGUCACUAGUGGAUCAUUCGGUUGGAAGGAGAACACCUUCGCAUUGGAAAACGUCAACUUGGACAUAGCAAAGUCUUCUCUCACGAUAGUUGUUGGGGCAGUAGGCGCUGGCAAGUCAACUCUAAGCAAAGCACUCCUCGGCGAAAUCCCUUAUCGAAAGGGCAGCGUGUCACUAGGAACCCGAUCUCCCCACAUUGGGUUUUGCGAUCAAACCGCAUUUCUCUCCAACGGUACAAUCAGAGACAACAUCAUUGGCUUCUCUCCAUUUGAUCCCGAACGAUACUCUGCAGUCAUCAACGCUACGGUACUCGGUUAUGACUUUGCAACGCUGGAACAGGGCGACCAAACCAGUAUUGGCUCCGAUGGUAUUACUUUGUCCGGUGGCCAAAAGCAGCGCGUGUCUCUUGCACGUGCUUUAUACCUACAGACCGACUUCUUGAUUCUAGACGAUGUCUUUAGUGGCUUAGACGCAGAUACCGAGGAGCGGGUAUUCCGUCGUGUCUUUGGACCCGAUGGGCUUCUGAGACAGCGUGGAACGACCGUUGUUUUGUGUACACAUAGUGUCAGGCAUCUGCCGGCUGCCGACCACAUCGUAGCGUUAGGCAACGGUACGAUUGUCGAGCAAGGAUCCUUUGCCGAGUUGAUGGCGCGUCCGGGAUAUGUUCAUUCAAUUGGUCUGAGGAGCUCUUCCGACAGUGACAUUACUUCGGAGAGAAGCACUUCUAAGGAUCGCUCCGAGACUGCUAAGUUCGAGGUCGGUGUCGCGCCAGCUCAGAGUGUUCUGUCUGUCACCGCUGAUGAAGAUGGUUCGCGCCAACAUGGUGAUCGUAGCGUUUAUGGACAUUAUACCAAAAGCGUCGGUCCCAUCUUUGUAGUCCUGAGCUUGUUCUUUGCUUCGCUCUGGGGCUUCUUUACGAAUUUCCCAACAAUCUGGCUCAAAUUCUGGACUGACGAUGUGUACUCGAGCACUCCCGCCCAUGCCUACGGUUACUACGCUGGUAUCUAUGCUCUGCUGAACUUGUGCGGCCUUAUUUCGCUUCUCCUACUCGGUAUCUGCAUCUUCAUCAUCUUCGUAAAAAGAGCUGGAGCAAGCCUCCAUCACGAUGCUCUGCAGACACUAACCCAGGCACCACUUCGCUUCUUCACAACUACAGAUACCGGCGUCGUCACCAAUUUGUUUUCGCAAGACUUGAACCUGGUCGAUACGGAACUUCCAUCAGCGCUUUUAAGUACUUUGUUUUCUGUCGCCCAAGCAUUGGGUCAAGCUGCGGUGAUGGUGACGUCCUCGCCAUUCAUCGCCAUUAGCUAUCCUUUCCUGAUUGCACUGCUUUGGGUCGUUCAGAAAUUCUAUCUUCGAACGUCGCGUCAACUGCGACUCUUGGAUCUAGAAACAAAAAGUCCUCUCUACACACAUUUUCUAGAUACGCGCAAGGGGGUUGCGACUCUGCGAGCUUUUGGCUUCAUCUCACAAGAUAUCGAAAAGAAUGUGCACCUUGUCGACUCCAGCCAACGCCCAGCAUACCUCUUAAUCAUGAUCCAGCAAUGGCUCAACCUCGUUUUGAAUCUUAUUGUCAUGGUUAUCGCUGCAAUUCUGACCACCCUUGCGGUCCGACUCCACUCCAACACUGCUUUCACGGGUGCAGCUUUGGUCACUCUUAUGAACUUUGGAGAAAGUCUCUCAGGAAUCAUUACCUGGUGGACAAAGCUUGAGACCUCAAUUGGUGCUGUAGCACGGCUUAAAGCUUUCAAUGAAAAGGUGAAGCCUGAGAAUAAGGAAGAAGAGGAUCGUGUUCCUGACGAGCAAUGGCCACACGAUGGUGCACUCAUGAUCCGAGAUGUGUUCGCAAGCUAUGAUCCUUCCGAUACAGAUGAGGUGGCAAAGAUUGCCCUACGCAACAUCAACCUCGAGAUCAAACCCGGCGAGAAGGUUGCCAUUUGUGGGCGAAGUGGUAGCGGUAAAUCCAGUCUCGUCGCACUUCUUCUGAAGCUACUCGACCCAUUAUCCAGCAAUGGUGGAGAAGUCAUCAUUGAUGGUGUGCCCCUCAGGCAAAUCGACCGGCCAGCCCUCCGGCAACGGAUUCUAGCCGUACCUCAAGAAGCCGUCUUUUUACCUGACGGAACUACGUUCAAGCUAAACUUGGAUCCUUUUGAUGUCUCAACCCACGAAGAGUGCGGACUGGACUCAGGAAUGAGUGCCGAUUCACUCAGCGCGGGACAACGUCAACUUCUUUCAUUGGGUCGGGUACUACUACGACGCCGAGUCAGAGCUCGAAGCACAGGUCCGACGGGCGAUGCUACAGACAGCGGUAUAUUGCUUCUGGACGAGGUCAGCUCAAGUGUUGACCAUGAGACUGAACGAGUCAUGCAGGAGAUCAUAAGGACAGAAUUCAAGAACUACACAGUGGUAGCAGUCAGUCAUAGACUCGAUAUGAUCAUGGACUUUGAUACUGUCAUUGUCAUGGAUUCAGGGGAGAUUGUUGAAGUGAGUGUUCCUGAGAAGCUAGCACCAGAGCCUGGAAGUAGGUUUGGUGAUUUGGUUCGAGCAGGAGGUAAAUGA